CGGCACCCGAGCCUCCAGCCUCUCAGCGCCCCCUCCCCCGCGGAGCAACCCAAACGUUUUUUUAUCAUGAAAGCGAUUUAAUUAGCUACGUAUUAUUAUUAGUUAUCAGCGUGAGCAUUAGUACUGGAAUGCGACGACCAGUAAAUCAGACCCGAGUCUCUUCGCGCGAACAAUAACAAGUAUCGUAUCAUUAGGUCCAACGCGUCCAGUCAUGUUUCUUCUGCAUCCGCUGCUGCAGAUCUCCGUUUUGCUGGAUGCGGUUUCUGCCAGCCCUACCGACGAUAAUGUGCUGCGGGCCGGCCAUGGAGAUCACGGAGAGCCGGGGCACGAAGAACCCCAUAAGGAUUCCUACAGCACAUUCGCCUCCGAGUUCCUCGAGUCCAGAUACCUCUCAGACGAAGGUUACCCCUUCCCAACUGCACCCCCUGUAGACCCAUUUGCCCGCAUAAAAGUUAGCGACUGUGGAAUAACCAAAGGAUGCAUCAGAUAUGGCAAACCAGGCUGUGACGCAGAGACCUGUGACUACUUCCUGAGUUUCAGACGCAUUGGCACAGAUGUGGAAUUCGAGAUGAGUGCAGACACUGAUGGAUGGGUCGCCGUCGGUUUCUCCUCUGACAAAAAAAUGGGAGGUGAUGACGUCAUGGGUUGUGUCCAUGACGAUAACGGACGUGUGCGGAUACAUCAUUUCUACAAUGUGGGCCAGUGGGCCAAAGAGAUCAAGCGCAACCCGGCACGGGACGAGGAGGGCAUCUUUGAAAACAACCGUGUCACGUGCCGCUUCAAGCGGCCUCUUCACGUGCCUCGGGAGGAAACGCUGGUGGACCUGCACCUCAGCUGGUACUAUCUGUUCGCUUGGGGACCUGCCAUACAAGGUUCCAUCACAAGGCAUGACAUCGACUCCCCACCGGUGUCAGAUCGCAUGAUUAGCAUCUAUAAAUAUGAGGACAUUUUCAUGCCUGCCACGGCCUAUCAGACAUUCUCCUCUCCCUUUUGCCUCCUCCUCAUUGUUGCUCUUACCUUCUACCUGCUGAUGGGCACACCAUAACCAGCAAAGCCAUGUCACCGAGAGGAGAAAUUAGUACAGCAAACUCAAACUAUGGAGCCACUAUAGCACGACUUUGUGCCAACUUAACAGUAUUACGAACAAGCAGCAAUAAAUUGGAAUUCUAUAAUAUCCUCAAUCUACGUACACUAGAAAGGUAUUUGGACUGUUUCCACACGUGUUAAUAUUCAGUUAGAUACAAGCAGUGAUUUCUCAUUUGGAGGAGAGAAGGUCAACCAUACACAUAUUUAUUACUAUAUAUUUUAUUUUGAUAAAUGAGUAGAGAAACAUCAAAUGGUGCAUGUUAUUGUAGGUAGGUUAUGGUCAGUCUACAAUAGUUGAAAAAAUCUGAGUCACAUUCAUUUUAAUAUUCAGUAUACCUAUAGUGCUAUAUAAAAUUUUUGCAUUAAGGAAAGCUGUAGAACGUCAAACCAAGCAGCUGUCAGUCGUAGCUGUGAAUAAACUUUAAAAUAAAUUCAAAUUUAAACCCAUUGCGAAAUCUAUGCGGGGAAAUCUUUCGCCCUCAUUUAAAAUUCCAAAACACAGUGACUUACAUUGAAAUGACUAAAUUUCACAAACAAACAUUUUCUGAUCAGUGAUAAAUGUGACCGUAUCUCUACAGUGGCACAUAUCAUGACACACUGUGUCCCUCUACUGCACUCUAAGGAGAAAUGAAUUGCCUCAUUUUAGUGAAAGGAAUAUGUUUUGCCAAAUCUCAGUAGAGGUGAUCUGCUGUUUGUAGUUGCCCGCUAUCCAUUGUUUUCUAGUAUAUUACAGUUCUGAUUAAGGCUGUGGAUUUCAAACUUAUGUAAAUUAAUGCCUGUGACUACGCAACUUACAGCACUACAUAAUUUGCCCUACAGCACAAACACACAUGCAAAGUAUUCAUAAAACAUCACUGCCUUCCAGUCAGCCAGCAUUGCCAGUUCAGUAUUUGAUGAUGCAUGCCAGCAAACAGCCUCAUCUGAGCCAUUUAGAUCAGGAACAGAACCAGUCCAGGAGAGAGUCGUCUGGUUUUUAUUCCAGUGAUUUGCAGACUUCCUACACCAAGGACUUCAUGCCAUUGUAAAACACACAAAUAGUCAAAAAACAGAUUGCUGCCUGUGUAAGAUUUAGAUCACACCAGUUAAUUAUCUGGAAAUGUUCUGGAAUAAAAUUUGUUUAGCAGACUAAAGAGCACCAUGUAAAAGAUGUUUAAAAUAGGUAUUUACUUUUAAAUACAGGUUAUAUUCACCUUAAGGUAUAUGAGGAAAUGUACUUGAGAGAGUGAUGCGAUUCACUUUUGGUGUGUGCCGGCCAGAGAUAAUCAUGUUAUGUAGCAUGAAUGGAAACAUUUGUAUGCCAGUGGUCAAGGAACAGUAUGUUAUAUUUUAAUAUACUUUUAAAAUGUCGACAGUGUUAGAGAAUAUGCAAUAAUGAGUGUGCAUAGUAAAGGACUGUGCACCAUUGGCAUUUGAAAUAUUUGUCAUACAGUCUCCUACAUCAUUAGCAGCUUACAUACAUUCUGACAAAUUUACUGUGAAUUCUUGCUCUAAUGGGAUAAAAGAUACCUGGUUGAUGGUCCUGAACACAACGCAUACUGCACUUUUUAAUAAAGCUAUGAAAAUCAGCUGAAAUGUGUACUGUUGUUAUGUUUGUCUGGGUAAAAUGAGAACGUUUGUCUGAUCUUGAUGUAUUUGUCAUGACAUGGCACCUUGAAAAAUAGUAAUAAAUAAAACAAUGAAAUAUCUGCUCACUAA